UUAGGUUUUGGCCAGGUUACUGGUGAUUGUCUCGGGUUUACACUUUUUUUCUUGCUUGUUAAUAUGAAUUUCAUGUGGUUUGUAAUUUUUUUGUUUGUUUGUUUGUUUUGUUUUUACUUUUUUAGUGAUUUACUUGUUCUGACAUUACAAUAACAUCAUGUUGGGUGGUUGGUACAGUUACAUAAUACAUGGACAGCUUUGUGUCUUCAGAAUUUAGCAGAAAUCAAUAUAUGUUUCUGUAUGCCAUGACUGUCACCCUUGUUGUCACUACUACAGGCCUGCAACUUUAAAAAACAGGCAAUGGCCACUUUGUAACCUGAUCAAGGCGUGAAUAAAUGAUGGAGCAGUAUCUGGGUUCACUAUUGCCACGGUUGUUGCUGUUUGCAUUUUCAAGGACAGAAACCAGCUGAACAAAGAUAAUUAAGCUGAAAGACAUUUAAACAGCAUCCUGCUAUUAAUAACCCUAAGGAUGAAUCCUGAGUAUGACUACCUGUUCAAGUUGCUGCUGAUUGGGGACUCUGGUGUAGGAAAGUCAUGUUUACUUCUACGGUUUGCUGAUGACACCUAUACAGAGAGCUACAUCAGCACUAUUGGAGUAGAUUUUAAGAUCAGAACUAUCGAAAUGGAGGGGAAGACUGUUAAACUGCAGAUAUGGGAUACAGCAGGGCAAGAGCGAUUUCGAACAAUAACAUCCAGCUAUUAUCGAGGGGCACAUGGGAUUAUAAUUGUCUAUGAUGUCACAGAGCAGGAGUCUUUCAACAAUGUGAAGCAAUGGUUAGAAGAAAUUGAUCGCUACGCCUGUGAAAAUGUCUCCAAGUUGUUAGUCGGUAAUAAGAGUGACCUUGCCUCAAAAAAGGUGGUGGACUUUACCACAGCAAAGGAAUUUGCUGAGUCACUCAAAAUCCCAUUCCUGGAGACAAGUGCCAAGAACGCAAACAACGUAGAGAAGGCAUUUUUAACAAUGGCCUCUGAAAUCCAGAAGAGGAUCGGGACGGACAGCGUUCAGAAUGAAGCUGUUAAAAUGGGAUCUAAAAUAAACAGUGCCCCCUUAUGGCCUGGUGGAGAGAAGUCAGUGGCUGAGGAGGUCAGCUCUUGUUGUUAGUGCUCAGUAUCUUUUAAAUUCAAGUUAAUAUUUUUGUUUAUCAUUUUAUGUGUUUCUCUUUUUCCUUUUUUUUCAUUCUAAAUGUGAAAUAGGCCACUGGUUUUAUGUUUCCAUGUUCUAAUGAGCUUAUGAAAGUAGUACAAGCCUUUUCUGUAAAUCUUUUUAUGACCAAGCAUGCACUGUUCUAUGUUAAGAGCUCUUUUCUCUUUUUGGUGAUGGACAAAACCUGUUAGCGUACACAACCUCUUAUCCUCUUAUUAUCGCAUUUAUUUGAUGAAAAAUACAGUAAAACAGUAAUAUUGUGAAAUAUUAUUACAAUUUUAAAUCAUUUAUUUUCUGUUUUAAUAUAUUUUAAAAUGUAAUUUGUUUCUGUGAUG